AUGGACGGCUCCGUGAAGGUGUGCUUCACCUCGGACGUCCACGGGAACUGCGGGCACCUGCGACGCGUCCUCGCGCGCGCGACGCGCGAGGGAUGCGACGUCGUCGUUCUCGGCGGCGAUCUCGCGCCGCGCGGAAGCGGCAUGGGUUUCGAUGGAAAAACGCUGCGAGACACCAAUCUCCCGCACCUUCCGGACGGGACCCCGGACUGGCAGCACGACGGCGCGCUGACGUACAUGCGCGAUGCGUUCAAGCGCCAAGGCGAGUGGUUCACCGAGGUGUUGAUUCCGAUGCUCGCCGCGUGCGACGUGCCCAGCGUGUGCCUCUUCGGGAACAGCGACUGGAAGAGUCAUCUCGAGACGUGCCGACGCGCCGCCGCGUCGACGGGCGGGCACGUGCGAUUCGUCCAAGGCGAGGGCGACAUGUUCACGAUCGCGUCGAGGACGACGACCGCGACGACGGUGGACGUCAUGGCGUGCUCGCUCGUGCCGCUGUGUAACCACAAGAAGAAGGACUGGGAGAGGAUGGACACGCGCGACGUCCGCGACACGAGCGACCGCGCGCCCGUUCGCUGGGGGUUCGUCUCGGCGCCGGGGGAGGAGGGCGGGAUCAAACGAUGUGAGCUGCCGGUCACCGCGGAGGCCGCGGCGACGACGUCGAUGGAGGCGGUGUUAGAGAGACUGAUCGCGUCGUGCGCGGAGGAGAGGAAAGAGAAGAAACCGCCGGCGAUGUGGGUGCUGCAUCCGCCGCCGCGGGAUUCGAUCGGCGACUUGACGCACAGAGGCGAACGCGUCGGGUCGAUCGCGAUUAGACGCGCGAUAGAAACGCACGCGCCCGCGGUGACGUUGCACGGGCACAUACACGAGAGCGUGGAGAUGCACGGGGGGAGGUUCAGCGAGGUUGUGAAAUCGGGCGAGGGCGGUGAGCGCGAGACCGUGAUCGUGUCCGUCGGGAACGACUUCAAAGUAGAAAAUCCAUACGUCAUUUUCUUGGACACCGCGGCGCCGAGAGACGCGCGACGCGUGGAGGUUCUCGAGUAG